CCGUAGGGAGUUUCCGGGCUGGGAGAGUCUCGGAGAGCAGCGUCAGAGAGUUAUGGAGAGUGGCGGAGGCGCCUACGGAGCCGCUAAAGCGGGAGGCACGUUUGACCUGUGGCAUUUCUUGCAGCAGCCACAGGUCAUUGCACGCAUUUUCAGUGCGGUAUUUGCACUCAUUGUUUUCUCCUGCAUCAUUGGGGAAGGUUACACCAGUAAUACGCAACACCCUAAACUUUACUGCAUCUUUAAUCAUAGUGAGGAUGCCUGUCGUUAUGGUAUCGGCAUUGGUGUGGUUGCCUUCCUGGCUUGUGUAUUUUUCUUUAUGGUCGACAUCUACUUCCCCCAGAUUAGCAGUGCCACUGAUCGCAAGUACCUCGUUAUGGCCGACCUAGCUUUCUCAGCUGUUUGGACCUUUUUGUGGUUUAUUGGAUUCUGUGUGCUGACAAACCAGUGGUCAUCAACGCAGAUUAGUGAGAUAACAAUUGGGGCUGAUUCUGCCCGUGCAUCAAUUGCCUUCAGUUUCUUCUCCAUUUUUUCAUGGGGACUCCUGAUUGCCUUCGCCCUUCAGCGUUACCGUAUGGGUGUCCAAGAUUUUGACCAAAGUUACAUCGACCCAGCUCCAGGUCCGACACCCCCAUACUCCAGUUAUCCCAAUGCCAGUCAUGAGAGCUACCAGCAGCCACCCUUCACUCACACUGGAGAGAACUCUGAGGGCUAUCAGCCUCCACCUGUGUAUUGAUUGCUACUCAUUGUUCAAAGCAGCUGGCAGGGAUAGUAUCCUAGUGCUAUGUAUUCAUUUUUCGGGGUGGGGACUAUGUCUACUGUGAAAUUGUGAGAGUGCCACAACCAAGAUUGCGGGUUAUGCCUGUAUAUGUAUUGGGUUCUGAGAUAGUCUAUUGUUUUCAACUAUUUUCAAAACUUGCUUCUUGCAAAAAAAAAAAAGCUGUUUCUUUUGUGGGCACAGGAAGCUUGCUGUGUGACUUGCAAGGCAUAUUAAUUGCUGAAACGGUAUUGACUACUUGGUCUUAUUACUGCUGCAGCUAACUAAGCUGCUUGCUGGAAAGCUAGAGUCAUUUUGCAGCAAAGGAAAACUGUCCUUCUACUGGAUAUGCCCCAGUGGGAUCCUUGCCACUGCUAUCUGCCCGGUGCUGUUACAUCUGUGCCUUGCUGUGCUUGUUCAUCUUGACCAUUCCAGACCUCCAAUGGGUCUGGUGUUCCUAUGGCUCUGUGGUGCUACCCUUCCAGACUGGGAAAUACCUGUGCGGUGCUUUCUUACCAUUUCAGCUGCUGAUACCAAAAUCAAUUAAAAGCAUUUCUAGGUAAA